UGCUCAGCAGAGCGGGGGUUGAGCUUCCUGGGUCAGAUGCAGCCGCUGCCAGCUCCAUUGUGAGCGGAGCGACCUGCGCUAACCCGCUCUGCCCGCCCCAGCCCCUGAGCCGGAGCCUGCAGGCUGCAGGAUAUCCUCCUGGUUGAGAAAUGGCUGCUGUGGAACCAGCUCAGGGCCAGGCGCAAUGGGCGAUCACCAUGGCUGGGAUGUGGGGUGAACCCCGUGCCAUGGGGGAAGGGCGUUGUGGGAUCCCCAUCCAGCAUCCCAAGAGAGAGGAGAGCGAGGUUGAGGAGCAGAGCCCUGGCUGGCCCUUGUCCCCGUGGACGCCAUCCCAGUCCUGGCUAGGAUGCUCGGAGGGGGAAGAUUUUCCAUUGAAGAUGGCGCAGACACCUCCCUGGUCUCGGGAAGGGGUAAACACUGCUGGCCUUGAGCAAGCGGUGCCAUCCCGUGACUUGCCUCACGGGGAUGAGGUUCCUUCAUUCCCCCGGGAGGCAUCUGAGACCUGUGAUUCCGUGGGGACACGCCACACCAGGGACCGUGCCGAGGGCAGGGCGGCCAUUUCAGAGCAGGCCAGUGAGGAAGCCCAUCGGUUGCAGUUCCGGUCAGAUGCUGCCCAGCCCGGAGAAGCUCCCCGGGAGAUGCUAGCCCGGCUCAGCUGGGCUGCUCGGCACUGGCUACGGCCCGGGGAGCGCACCAAGGAGCAGAUUGUGGACGUCGUCGUGCGGGAGCAGUUCCUAGGGGCACUGAGGGCAGACGUUCGGGCCUGGGUGACGGCGAGGAAGCCCCGCAGCAGCGAGGAGGCGGCUGCGUUGGCUGAAGCCUGCUUGGGGCAAGGGGAGUCGACCCAGCCUGCUCAGGGGGCGGUGACCUUCGAGGAAGUGGCUGUGUAUUUCACGGAGGAGGAGUGGGCUGUGCUGGACCCCGGUCAGAGAGCCCUCUACAGGGAUGUCAUGCAGGAGAAUUACGAGAGCGUGACCUCGCUGGUUAAAGGAUUCCUUGUUCCCUUGGCUCCCUUGGCAGAGGCAGAGGCUGGCACAGAAGGGAUAGAGCCGGAGAGUGCGCCAGGAUUGGAGGGUAAACCAGGGGAGGUGCCUGACCCCAAAAAGGAAGAGGACGAGGAUGAAGACUUCACCAAGGAAGAUGACCUCACUUACAUUGACGACCUGCGAGAUGAGAAUUACCACCCCUCACUGGACAGUGACUCCGAGCUGAAAAGAGAGCAAAGCCAGACCAAGAGCCGCAAGAGACCCAUGAAGGGUGCACAGCUGCCUACUGAGACGAGUCCAGCCAACGGCAGCCCCUCUGAGGAGCAGGCGGUGCAAUCCAGCCGCAAGAAGCGGGGAAUGCCAAGCAACAAGGAUGUGGCCCAGAUCAUCUCAAAGAGAAUCAGGAAGGCAACCAAGCACGAGAUGCUCCUGUGCGAUUUCGAAAGCUGCGGCAAGAUCUUCUCCAACCGCCAGUACCUGAAUUACCACAGGAAAUACCAGCACGUGCACCAGAAGACCUUCACCUGCUCUGAGCCCAGCUGUGGCAAGUCCUUCAACUUCAAGAAACAUCUGAAGGAGCACGAGAAGCUGCACAGUGACAAACGGGAUUACAUCUGUGAGUACUGCGCCCGCCCCUUCCGCACCAGCAGCAACUUGAUCAUCCACAGACGCAUCCACACGGGGGAGAAACCUAUACAGUGUGUGAUCUGUGGCUUCACCUGCCGUCAGAAGGCCUCCCUCAACUGGCACAUGAAGAAGCAUGACGCCGACUCUUUCUACCAGUUCUCCUGCGACAUCUGCGGCAAGAAGUUUGAGAAGAAGGACAACGUCACUGUGCACAAGAGCAAGAGCCAUCCCGAGGUGGCUGCCGGCCCGGCCCAGCCCAGCGCACCAGAAAUGCCAGAACCCGCCCAGGAUGCCCCAUCCCCACUCCCCAGCCUUGCUGAGGAGACACUGAACGAGGACCACCUGGAUGGGCCGUGCCCACUUGUCACAGAGCAUCUGGAGAUCCCUGGACUGAGCCAUUCCAAGAUGGAGAAGGCGGAAAGGCCAAUGUCCCCUAUCGCAGCCUCCGCCAAGUAAUGGGCCACACCAAGCGGGAUCUGGGUCUGACCAGCGCUUGGGGGCUGAGCCACGAGGGAUGUUGGCAGAGAUGAUCCCAGCAGGAUCCUACCUUCCAGCUGGACUCUGCUGAGAGUGGGACAUAAAGCACUUAGCAGAGGGGUGGGGAUAACGACUGAACCAUGGCAGGAGACGGUAGUGGCAGAUCUGAAAUCCUGCCCAGGCACAGAGAGUAUGGGGACAGGGAGGCAAAUCCCCGCAGCCAUGCACAGCCUCUCCACACCACAGUCAGUAGAGCCCAGACUGUCUGUGGGCCAAGAGGACUGAGACACCAGGCAAAGGGUCUCACCUUCUCUGGGGCAGGGGAACUCUGAAAAAAGAUCCUGAGGUUCACCCUCCCCAGGAAAAGACCUCAGUUUUGCUACUCUCGGCUUCAGAGUUUUGGACAAUUCUUCAAUAAAGAAUUAUUUUGUGUAA